AUGACUUACCCCUCUUCUCUUCUCAUCCCCCCCUCUCCGCCACUCCCAGCCAGAGCGACAUGCCCAAUCUCCUGCGACGGCGAGUGGUUCUUCUUCGCAGCCCGCGACCUCAAAUACCCAUCGGGUUCAAGGUCCAACCGAGCUACAACUGCUGGGUACUGGAAGGCCACUGGGAAGGACAGGCCUGUGCACGUGCGGUUCGCAGGCAACGAAGGCACAGAGGACCAGACAGUCAGAGUGGGAUUCAAAAAAACUCAUGUCUUCUAUAUGGGGCGAGCACCAGGAGGCAACAAGACUGACUGGGUCAUGCACGAGUACCGGCUGACAGAGGAUUUGUCUGUAGCUGGACUGGCUGGUACAGACGUGGCACAUGCUACAGCUGCAGAAAGGGAUGCAGCAGGUGGCGCUGUCAACAGCAGCAGAGACGAUGAGGCGACCAACCCAGACACCAGAGGUCUGGGAGCUAAGGGUGCCUCAGGUGGUGCUGCUGGUGGUGUUUUAGCCAGCAGCAGCAACAGCAGCCCCAAGGACAGCACUUCAGAACGUCAAACUGGCACUGCUCAAAAGAUCAACCUGGCGUCGUGGGUGGUCGUGAGAGUGCUCAAGCGAAGCUCCCUGACGGCUGAGGAGCAAGCGACAGUGACGCAACAGGUGAUGGCAGCUCAACAUGCAAUGGUAGCACAGCAGAGGAUGGCAGAACAGCAGCAACUGGGUGGGCCUCCUCUACAAGGUGUGAAACCGCCGCUCUUAGUGUAUCCGCAAGGGAGCGGAGCAGAGCAGCAGGCAGUUGUCACAGGUGGUAUGGGAGGAAGCAACGUGGCAGUGGCUCAUGUGACUGCACACAGGAUGGGAAGUUUGGCACCAGCAACAGGGUACCCUACGGGUGUGACACUAACCGUCAGGAGUAAUUCACCCUCGACAGAUUCCCAGGGGGAUAACUCCCCAACUACCCUCACAGCCAGCCAAUCACCCAACUCUUCCUUCUCCGCAAUGCCUGUAGAUGGGCGGAGCAAUGACACAGCAAGCCAAGCAUCAGGUUUGGAUACUGGAGCAGCAGUGGGAGCAGCAGUAGCAGCAAUGGCGUCUUUAGCAAUGGAUGUAGCAGGAGCAGGAGCGGCAGUGGGAGCAGCAGAAAGAGCUGGUAACCCCUCUGCCCAUCCAGGUCCCGCCUCCCCUCUCCUGAAUCCGCCCAGCCCGCACACUGGACUCUUUUCUUCUCCUUUUAUCCAGCCUGGUGCUGGCAGCAGCAGGCCAACAACGCCGCAAGGCUACAACCAUCCUGGGUCAUUGCAAGGGGCAAUGGGUGGGCAGGGUGAGCAAGGGAGGACAGAGAUAGAAACCCAGAGUGAUUCGCUACUCCAUACCAGCGCGUGGGGGAGAGGUGGAACAGAGAUGGCUGGAAGGGGGAAGGAGGGAGAGGGGAGGGUUGGAGGGGACAGUGGGGAUGGUGGCUUGGAAGCGAUUAUCCGCCAUGUCAGCUGGUAUGGAGGAGCAGGAGGCUCUGGAAUGGAUCACAGAGACGCGAACUUGCCAGGAUGGGUGGGAGUUGCAACAGCAGGGGUAGCAGGAGCCGGUGCAGGGGUGGCGGAAGUUGCUGUGGGUGCUGCAGCAGCAGGAGGGGUGGAGAGAGCAGGAGUGGAGACAGCAGGGAUGGGAGAUGCAGCAGAAGGGGUUGGAGAUGCAGCAUCAGGGGUUGGAGAUGCAGCAUCAGGGGCAGCCGCGGCAGCUGGGAAAUCGGCGGCAGCAAGAGGAGGCGGGGACCUGAUGGCUCCGGUGGAUGGGUUGGGGAUAUCAGACUUAGAAGCGCUUCUAAUGGAUGCGGAGGGAGAACUGGGCACGUUCAGCAGCAUGGUCAGGUCAAUGGAUAGCGUCGACAUGAAACGGUAG